AUGGCAUCUGGCUAUAGAAGACGUAACACGGGUUCUGUUGCGCGAAAGAAAAGUGGAUUGAAACAUGAACUGUCUGAAGACCAAAAGCGGGAGAUCAGAGAAGCUUUUGAUUUGUUUGAUAAAGAUGAUUCUGGAACCAUUGAUGUGAAAGAACUGAACGUUGUACUGCACACUCUUGGCUUUGAAACAAAGAAAGGAGAUAUUAGAAAAAUGGUAGCAGAGAUUGGCAAAAAUGACCAUAGCUUCAUAAAUUUUGAAGAUUUUUUGACCAUUAUAAUUAAAAAAAUGAGUGAAAAAGAUAACAAAGAAGAAGUCUUAAAGGCUUUCCAAUUAUUUGACACUGAUGGAACAGGCAAAAUUUCACUUAAAAAUCUAAAGAAUGCUAUCAGUGAACUUGGAGAAGAUAUAUCUGAUGAAGAACUUCAGGAGAUGAUAGAGGAAGCUGAUCGUGAUGGUGAUGGAGAAGUAGAUCAGCAAGAAUUCUUGAGAAUUAUGAAAAAGUCCAAUUUAUAUUAA